AUGCAAAAAGGUUUUCAGGGAGCAUUCCAUCCACUCGAGCUUCAAGAAAUGGGAGAACAACAGCUCGAUUGUGCCCUCGACUUGAUGAGAAGACUUCCACCUCAACAUUGCGACAAAAAUUUGACCGAUCUCAUCGACUUAUGUCCACAUCUCGUGGACGAUCUUUUGAGCACCAUCGAUCAACCUCUGAAAAUCGCCGCAGAUCGUGAAACCGGCAAGCAAUAUUUGCUCUGUGAUUACAAUCGUGACGGCGAUAGCUAUAGAUCGCCAUGGAGUAAUACAUACGAUCCACCACUCGAGGAUGGGCAGUUGCCAUCAGAGAAACGCAGGAAAAUGGAAAUUGAAGCCAAUGCUGCAUUUGAGUCAUACCGUGACCUAUACUUCGAGGGUGGAGUAUCUUCCGUUUAUUUCUGGGAUUUGGAUAAUGGCGGAUUCGCUGGUAUCGUGCUAAUUAAGAAAGAAGGAGAUGGCGCCAAGAACAUAACUGGAUGCUGGGAUUCCAUUCAUGUUAUUGAAAUUACCGAAAGAGCUCGUCAAGCCCACUACAAGCUUACUUCCACCAUCAUGUUGUGGCUGCAGACCAAUAAGAGCGUUAGUGGAGUUAUGAACCUCGGAGGAUCACUCACCAGACAGCACGAAAUGGAUGCUCCAAUCAAUGAUCAGAACACUCACUUGGCCAAUAUGGGACGUAUGAUCGAGGAUCAAGAGUCGAAGAUGCGCUUGACAAUCAAUGAGAUAUACUUUGGAAAGACGAAAAAGGUGAUGUCGGAUCUCCGUUCAUCAGAGAAGCAGAGCGAGCUCGAGAAACAAGAUGAGAUUGUUCGUGAAAUUUCCAAUGCCGUUGCCAGCCGUGGAACCAAUUAA